AUGGCUUCCUCAUCCGUGCUGCUCGGAGGAGGCGCGGGCGCCGCCGCCUUCACCGGCGCCGCCGCCGGCAAGGCUCUUCCCAGGCCGUGCUUCCUCGCCGCUCGUCCCCACACCGUCAGCGGCGGCCGCCUCUGCCUGCAAACCCCUCCUAGGGCGACUCCCGCUAACGACGCCGUCGAGACCGUGAAGGGGGCGGCCGGGGAGGCCGGAGACAAGGCCUCGGAAGGGGCGGACAGCGUGUCGAAGGCGGCGGGCGACGCGGCGGGCAAGGUUCAGGAGGCGGUGGAGGGCGCGGUGGAGGGAGCCAAGGACCUCGGCGAGAAGGCCAAGCAGGCGACGGAGGAGGCGUGGGACGCCACCAAAGACGCCGCGCAGGGCGUCGCCGACGACGUCACCGCCGCGGUUGAGGAUGUGAGCAAAUGA